AUGAAAUUCUUUCAAUCUCAAACCCAAUUAUCCCGUCUCAAAUCCGCCACCCCCCGCCGCCACCGCCUGCCGUGCUUUCGUGGUCAUUCAACACACCGUCGCAUCAAGAAACCUACAGAGCUUUCUUGUGCCACCACUAUUACUAAUCCUGGGGUUGUCGCAAAGCUAAUGGGAUUGGAUUCAAUCCCACAAAGGAUUCGAUUGGAUCGUAAUCAAGAAGAUCGCCGGAAUUCGAUCACCCGAAGUCAAACUCCGAUGGUUCUAGAGAUCGAAAAUGGGGAAUUCUUUGUGGUUGGUUUCGAAGCAGGUCGUAAAGGUAAAAGAAAUUGGAACUGGAAUUGGAGGAAGAAACUGCCAGAGGAUGUUGAGAGUUGGAAGUAUGAUGGAUCAAAGAAGAAGAAACUUGUGGUUGAGACAUCAAAUGGGGUGUUGGAAGAGGUUGAAGAUGUUGAGUUUGAGUUGCAAAUUUUUGAUCAAUUGCUUCUUGAGUUGGUAUACAUCUUUUAGACUGUUUUUAUUAUACCAAAUUUUAUUUUCCGUUUUACAGUUACAGUUACAGUUACGGUUACGGUUUAUAUAUCUUUUAAGGCUUGUGUUUUUUUCGAACAAAUUAUGACAACGUUCAAGAAC